GUUUUGGAAUUCUUUAUUUAAAUUUUUAGGAAUCAGCUACAAUUUAACCGAAUACGAAACAAUGGCCGAGUUCGCGAAAAAGUGACACAUUGUGUCACAAUAUCGAUAGAUUCUGCCGCAGAUUUAAAUUGUUCAGAUAAACAAACACAAAUAAAGACUAUAGCCCAGUCUUCUCCAUGGGCGAACACGCAGCGCUUUACGCUUGUAAUCAACUUUGGCCAAUUAAAUGUUUGUGGUGAUGUUUCACACCAAACAAUCGGCAUAAUUUCAGACUAACGAUAAUUGACUUAGCUCGUAUUGAUGGAAAUAGAUGGUUUGCGUAACAAGACAGCUAGCAAGCUACAAAAUCAAAGUAUGCAACAUUUGGUCAGCUGACAUGCACCCUUUUCCAAACCAUGUGACCAAACGACCUUUGUACCGGUAGUGGUCUUCAAAAACCUAGCAUUAGCAGUUCACUUGUAUUUUUUUUUACAGAGAUCGCCUUUUCCUCUCACGUCAAGUACAAUAUCGACGUGCAUAGUAGGAAAAAAUACUGCUCUGCCAAGAGAUGCCAAGUCCUUUGAUUUAACACUACCGAGGCAGGAAUCACCGCUUUACACCAUAUUCAUCAUAACAUCAAUAUCAUCAUCUGACUGGAGAGACACACCACUUAUUUUGAUAAAUUGAUAUUCAACUCCCAAAGACCAGGUGUCCUUACCACAGUGGCUCUGAAGGAGGAAUCCGAGACUAAGACAGCAGGAGGAUCCACCCAGCGCCAGCGGACCAACCAUGACCUCCAACACUGACAAUCGUCAAGACGGCCCAGGUCCAGUUCUCUCCAGGAUAUCAGCGAGCACCUCUGAGGAGGAUGUUCUCUGUCCUACUCCACCUCUCCCCCCAGGACCUGAUUCUCAGUAUGAGAGAAUCGGAGGCCAAACAGGGGCUUCGUUUUUACAGACCCUGAUCCACCUCCUGAAGGGGAACAUCGGUACGGGACUGCUAGGUCUACCUCUGGCUGUCAGGAACGCAGGCCUUGUGUUAGGACCUCUGAGUCUGUUUGCCAUGGGGAUAAUAGCAGUCCACUGUAUGAACCUGCUUGUAAUCUGUUCCCACCACCUCAGUGUAAAGUUGAACAAGCCCUUUCUGGACUAUGGCGAUGCUGUGCAGUAUGGUAUGGAGAAUGUCUCGUGGCUGAGAAGGCACUCAAUAUGGGGGAGGCGGAUAGUGAACGUGUUUUUGAUCAUCACCCAGCUGGGUUUCUGCUGUGUCUACUUCGUCUUCCUCAGUGACAAUAUCAAACAGGUGGUGGAAGCUUCUAACGGGACAACCAUGAACUGCCACAACAACCAGACAGCUGUGACCGUCCCCAGCUUUGACUCCCGUCUCUACAUGUUGUGUUUCCUGCCAGCUGUUAUACUCCUGGUGUUCACCCGCAACCUGAAGUACCUGGCCCCCCUCUCUCUGGUUGCCAACCUGGCCAUGUGUACUAGCCUGGUCCUCAUCUACUUCUUCUGCUUCACGAACAUACCAAAUCGUAUCAGCCUGCCGAAGGUGGGUCAUGCCAAAGACUAUCCUCUCUUCUUUGGAACGGCCAUCUUUGCUUUCGAGGGGAUAGGAGUGGUCCUUCCCCUGGAGAACAAGAUGCAGAAGCCUCAGAGUUUCAAUAUGGUUCUAUAUCUGGGAAUGGGCAUCGUCACCUUCCUCUAUAUCAGCUUGGGGACCAUAGGGUACAUCACCUUUGGAGAGGCCAUAGGGGGAAGUAUCACCCUUAACUUACCCAACUGCUGGAUGUAUCAGAUUGUAAAGCUGCUCUACUGUUUCGGUAUCUACAUCACCUUUGCACUUCAGUUCUACGUGCCAGCUGAGAUCCUGAUUCCUCCGGUGGUGUCCCGUGUCUCCGAGAGAUGGAAACUGCCGGUUGAUCUUCUGAUCCGCGCUGCGCUCGUCGUUUUUACCUGUGUCCUGGCCAUAUUGAUCCCCCAGCUGGACCUGGUCAUCUCUUUAGUGGGGUCCAUCAGCAGCAGUUUCCUGGCUCUCAUCUUCCCUCCACUCCUCCAGAUCCUCACCUACCACAACGAAGGUCUGUCUCCCUGGGUCAUCGUCAAGAACACCCUGAUCUCUGUCAUCGGCUUCAUCGGCUUCAUCACCGGCACCUAUAUAUCCAUCACAGAGAUCAUCAAACGCAACGGCAGACAUGACAAUCUGGAUGUGACCUUCUUCCAGGUCCAGUGAGAGAUCUAGUGAGGAAGAGGAGGAUAUCUUGACAGUGGUUGGUCUGGCAAACAGUGGAGGCUGGUGGGUGGAGAAAUCUGAGGACAGGUUCGUUCUAGAAUGGAUGCUACCUUCCUCCGAUUUAAGGUGACACCAGCCUCCACUGCUGUCAAACAAUCAAACCCAGAAGUCCUCACCCUGGCUACAGCCAUGUUUUGUUUUUCUCACUUGCUCCAUUGUCCAUUGAUUACACAUUUAUUGAUAUUGUGAGUCUGCUUACUGUUGUGGUUAUUGGUCGCUGUGGAACAAUUAUUUAAUGGAAUAUAAGUGUUAAAUCAACUAUCAUCUACAGUAGCUGUAUAGCCAAGUAGAGAACUUGUUCUUCUGACACGAGCGUCAUUCUCUCUGUGCCUCAUGAGCUUCGAUGUUUUUAAAUUCUUAAUUUUAUUACAUACUUUUUAUAUUUUAAACUCUGCUAUGCCGCAAGCUCACCUUCUAUAUUACAUGUUUUAUUAUUUUAUGUUGAAUAAUUUAACCAAAUCAUUGAAUAUUGAGCAAUCAUAUUCUCGUUUUAUUACUACUGUUAAAACAUCCUGGGAGUGGUUAAAGGUGUUUUUAAGUGAUCAAAUUAAUUAUUAUAAACUGGUUACUAAUACAUGUUUUGUCAUAGCCGUGGUAUACGGUCUGAUAUACCACGGCUUUCAACCAAUCAGCAUUCGGAGCUCGAACCACCCGAGUUAAUAAUAUCAUUUAAAUAACAGUUAAGUGCCAUUUUGAAUGAUAUCUUCAUUCUACAGACCUUACAAAGAGGAAGAUGUAUGUUUUGAACCACAGCGUGACUAGACUAUUUCCAAUAGAAGUGGUAAAUGACUGACCGCGUUUAAUAAGACGAUCAGAACACAACAACCUGUAGUGUGUUGAUCACCAUCGUCAUUACUGCUGUACCAUGUUGCUAUGACGAUGACCAUUGAAUACCGUUUACUGAUUGACUACAUUUUAGAGACAAGAUUUAAUAGUUGAAAGUUCACUUUUUUUGGUCUUUUUUUAAAGGUAAAGCUUCAUUUACAUUUUUAAGGCAAGCUGACGAGAUCACCUACUGUAAUACUGAUGAAGGGACUGUAAAGAGAAAAUACAAAACAAUGUGUGUUAUUGUAGAGCUAAUACCAUUUUGUUAUUUCUCAGUUGAUGUUAUUUAUGUUGGCAUUUUAAUGUCUUACAUUUGUCUCAGGUUGGGCACUGGAUUUAUUCAUGUUACUAAUCUUCCAGUUAUUACAACGGCUAUUUCAUUUGUUUUAUAACUUGUCUCGCUUGUACCAACAGUUUGUGUUUUUAGACUGAGUGGGCCCAGAUUAGACUGGGUUGGACUGAGUGGGCCCAGAUUAGACUGGGUUGGACUGAGUGGGCCCAGAUUAGACUGGGUUGGACUGAGUGGGCCCAGAUUAGACUGGGUUGGACUGAGUGGGCCCAGAUUAGACUGGGUUGGACUGAGUGGGCCCAGAUUAGACUGGGUUGGACUGAGGUGGGCCCAGUUUAGACUGGGUUGGACUGAGGUGGGCCCAGUUUAGACUGGGUUGGACUGAGGUGGGCCCAGUUUAGACUGGGUUGGACUGAGGUGGGCCCAGUUUAGACUGGGUUGGACUGAGGUGGGCCCAGUUUAGACUGGGUUGGACUGAGGUGGGCCCAGUUUAGACUGGGUUGGAUAUCAUGGUGAUGUCACAUGGCAUUGGGAGAACUUAACUGAUAGUCGGUCUCUUCGACUAGCCUUGAAUAAUGGCAGGUUGGAACUAUUGUUGAGUUUGCACUUUAUUGUUGCUGAAAUAUAGUAUUCUGAAUUUCCCGUGAGAGAAUACUGCUGAACAUUUUAUACGGGGUAUUUUUUCGUGAUCUUGAACGUGUAAAAAUAAAAUGUUUUUAUUUCAUUACAGUCUAAAUGGGGAAAAAGUUCACAAUUCUGGAAAUGAUACUAGCUUUGAAUAAUGGCAGGUUUGAACUAUUGUUGAGUUUGCACUUUAUUUUAAAUAAAUUAUAGUAUUCAUGAACAUGUCAUUUUUAUUUUUUAAUCAUUUUAUUUCAUUUCAACCUAAAUGGAAAUUAUACGUAAGCAUUUUUGUUGCUUGUUGUGGUGUUGACGGGAAUUCUGAUGUUUACAUCCCCUUAAAUUGUACUCAUCAUAUAGGUUACAUCCCAAAUUGCAGCCUAUUCCCUUCAUAGUGCACUACUGUUGAGCAGUCCUAUUGGCCCUUGUCAAAUGUAGCGCACUAUAAUAGGGAAUUGGGUGGCAUUUGGGAUGUAGGCAGUGUCCUUCACUAGUCUGAUGUCUCUGGACAUUAGCUACAAGGGGAUGACUUGGAGGUUACCCAUCAUAGAACUGAAAGAUCCUCUCCGGUACUUGUUAGCCAGUAGUUCUGGACAAAAGUAGGCCCCUGAAAGUGGUGUACUACGGCGUAUGUCCCACCACAUCAUAGCUCUCGCUCCCU